GAAAAGUCUUAUAGAAGGCCAUCCUUCUUUCUCCCUUCUAAGAGUCAUAUCUUAAAGAACCAUUCUACUUUCUUUCUUUCUUUCAAGGUAUCUCAAGCAAAGCUCAAGCCUAUCUGGAUUUUCCAGAGUUGGAAGAUGAAAUACAUCUCAUACUGGCAUCCUAUCCACGGGGUCCCCAUCGUGGAUGGAAAGUUCCAAAAUCCCAAUACUGGUGUCAUCGAAGAGAUUACCGACAAGAACUUUGUGAUUUGCGGGCCUCCAUUCAUCAAAGCCACGUGGAUCAAUCUGAAACCUGGCGACGGAUUUCGCAUUACAUGCACCGACUUUCCACCCCCGAUCGAAGAUGUUUUUGUGGCUAUUGCGGGCCAUGUGAAAGACAAGGCGUACGAAAUUUAAAAUAUCAGCGCUACCAAGUAUGAAAUUACGGUGGUCUGUUCAAGCGAUCUGACUCAGGAGAUGAUGCACGAAGUGGUGAUGCGGAUGAAGGGGGAAUUGUGGAAGGACGUGUACGUUCCGCCGGAGGCAAUUGCGGCUUUCGAGGCAUUUGUGGAAGAGGAGCGAAAGAAGGAGAAUCCUCGGUUCUGAUUCAUUGUCUGGUGAGACAGAGCCCAAGCUAGUAGCAGUAGGUUGUGCAGUAGCUAGUUCCACUAUGCUUGACUUGGCCUAUGAGAUGGUUCUUUUUGGACAUGGGUUGAAAAGUGAUGUCAAACCUAACCAGUUGAAUAG